GAUGGAUCUGCAAAUCUCAGUUUUUCUUCUCUUCAUUCUUUUCACUGCAGCACACUCUCUCAGCUGUUAUAAGUGCAUGGGUCGGAACGGUUCUUGUGCGGGACAAACGGUAAAAACAUGUCCCAGUGGAUCUUCUCAGUGCAUGAGUUUAACAAUGGUUACACAAAUCGGUAACAUUAGUCGUGAAGUGAAGGUUAAAGAUUGUUAUCCUGCCUGUCAAAAUGGGUCCCUGAACUUAGGCAGUUCAAAGUCAACUUAUUCCUGCUGUGACACGGACCUGUGUAACGUCCAAGAUGCUCCAGAUCAUCCCAGCAUUUUCCCUAAUGGAAAGAAAUGUUUCUCCUGUGAUGGACAGAGCUGCUCAACAGUGAGCUGUUCAGGGACUGAAGACCGCUGUGUUAAAGCAACAGUGAUUUAUGGUGACCUGUCAGUGCUUCUAAAAGGCUGCGUUUCUAAAUUCAUCUGUGAUGCUGCUGUUUCAGCAUUUAAUAAUUUUAACCUCGGGAGUGUCACAUGUUGUGAGGGGAAUCUGUGUAACGGUGCUCAGAGUGUCUCCCAGAGCUUCCUGUUCCUCUGCUGUUCUCUGCUCUCCUACUUCCUGCUGCACUGA